GUUACAGCCUCAGUCGGAAUUUGGAGGCAGGAGCACUGACUCGGGAAUGGUACCCAGCGGCCCAAUCGCAACAUUGCCCAACGCGCGCACGUAUGAAGGGUCGAUAUUCAUUAGCUUAGUAGACAGUAGAUAGCUUCAGCUCUCGCUUGCAAAGAAAGAUGAAGACACACAGCGCGGACGCCCUCACUCGGCGCCACUCGCUGCCGCUGGCACGGCCACGACCUCUCCGAGUGGCGGUCCGGUGUACCUCUGAAGCUCCCAAGCCUGCUCCUCAAACUGUGCGGGUGCAGUUCAGCGUGCACUAUCGGGCGCACCGCCAUCAAAUCCUUUGCAUCGGCGGUUCAGCGCUGCCCCUGGGCUGGUCGUUCCUCUCAAUCGCGAAAAUGCCCAUGGCAUGGAACGCCAAUGACAAGUGGACCUGCGAGGUCGAGUUCGCGCCAGGGCAACGGAUAGAGUACAAGUAUGUGGUGCUGGAGGAGCAGGAAUGGACAAACCUCGCGGAUAAGUACGCUCAGGGCUAUGUCGAGGUGCCCUAUCGGACCGUCGCGGACCCAGGGCGGGCUCCGGACCCUCGCGAAAUCGUGGCGAUGGCGAUUGUGGCCUGGCAGCCGGGGCCCAACCGCGUGCUGCACGUACCAUCGGAGGACGAAAUCAAGCGCCUGGAGACAAAGCCGGGGCCAGCACCUCGCGAACGCAACCAGGGAACAUUUGAAACGUUCACGAUCGACGACGGCGGGAGACCCUUGUUAGUGAAGGACGACGUGUGGGGCUGGCCUUGAGCGAGCCCCACACGCCUCGACGCGCCACACCUUAGCCAGCCACCCCGUGCAACCAGGUGAGGGUAGGGGCAGGGCUUUGCGUAACCGUGGGGAGCUGUCGUGUCAUGGGGGAGGCGUGCCAAGGGUCCUGGGGCUAGCUGUGCUAGCAUGGGCGACUCCUCAUAUGAUGCCGGAGUACAAAAGCGAACUACGAAGGCAGGAGUGCCCAGAGUUCGUUCCU